AUGUCCGCAAAGCACCCAACCCCCGAAGAGUAUCAGCGGGGCAUCGUCACGAAUCAUUCUUCCCGCUUCACGCCUUUCUCGCUCAAACUCGCCAACGGCGGAACAUUGACAGGCAUCUCUCACAUCCCACAGAACCCAACCAUCUCAUAUGAAGCAAAGCCCCUGCUCGUCGGCAUCCACGGCGGAACAUGCUCAGCCCACACUUACGACGUGACGCCAGAGUUCACGGCUUCGACAUGGUCUGAAAGGCUGGGAAUUCCAUUUCUAGCCGUCAACCGCCCGCAUGUCAUGCACAGCAGCGGAUGGCGGCUCGACCGCUCGUCUGACGACCCAGGACACCCUGCAUUCGAAGUCAAGGAAGAGAACAGUUUCUUCGAAGAAGAAGCUCGCUGGUGGCACGAAUACAUCUUACCAGCCCUGUGGCAAGAGUUCGCGGCCCCAAACGGAUGCAAUUCCAUCGUCACUACAUCCCAUUCACUAGGCACACCGAUGACUAUCCUGACCGCUUCACUCUACUCUGCUCAGGCAUCCCCAGAGAAGGGGGAGUACAAAUGGGCAGGCCUGAUCGAUUCCGGCUGGGCAGAAGCCAAUACGCAGCGAUUCUAUAGCACCUUCGGCCAGGAACCCACUCGUGACCCGGAUGAUAUCCCGCUCAGCCACGACCCGAGCAUCCACGCUCAGCCGAUCAGGAAGGAGGACAAAGCAGACAUCAUGCUUGGACCGAAGGGCAUGGAGCCCGACCCCAGUCUGCGGGAGCUUCUCGCGAGCGGCAGUACACCGGUCCUGAUGGAAGAGAGCAUGGCUAUGGCGACAUGGUGGCCACAGAACAAGGCCAAGGCUCAGGCGGGCGUCAAGAUUCCUGUGCUGUGCGCACUCCCGGAAUACGAUUGGGCGUGGCAAGGCAGCAGGAGGAACAUCGAUGCUUUUUGCAAGGGUUUUGUGAAUGCGCCGCGGGUCGAGGGUGCGUGCGUUGAGGGCACUGGGCACACUAUUGACCUUGGACCUUGUAGGGACGGCUGGUGGAUCAGGUGCUAUGGGUGGGCUUUGGAGGUUGCGGCUGGGUUGGCUGUGAGGGAGAGGGAGGGCAAGCCCGAGAACUUUGAGCAAGGAGAGUGGCCGAACUAA